AUGGCUAAUUCAACUUCAUCAUCUCUUCUGAAAUUACCUGUCGAGCUUGUUUAUCGGAUUCUAGAAAAUCUCGAUUACUUAACGAUUCUAUGCUCAGUUCAUAACGUCUGUACACGACUGAAUAUGAUCACGGACGCAUAUCCUGCAUAUAAGACAAUCGACACACUUGACCUCAGCGCUGAUCGAGCCGGGAACAUACAACUCACACGGAUCAUUGAUGCAUUACAACAUAACACAACAGUCACUACGCUUGUUGGCAGAGAUCAUAGAGUCGGAGACGAGGAAGCCGCACGUAUUGCCAGCAUAUUACAACAGAAAACCGUACUCACUACACUUGAUCUAAGAAAUAAUGGAAUCAGUGUAGAAGGAACGAAACAGAUUGCUGAUGCAUUACAACAUAACGAAACACUCACCACGCUUGAUUUAUGCUGGAGUCAAAUUGGUGUAGAUGGCGCCAGGCGUUUCGCUGAUGCAUUGCGACAUAAUAAAACACUCACCACACUUCAUCUCAGAGAUACUGGUCUCGGUGAUGAGGGUGCCACAUUGAUCGCCGAUGCAUUAAAACAUAAUACAACACUCAUCACACUUAAUCUAAGAUAUAAUAGAAUCGGUGCAGUAGGAGCCACAGGGAUCGCUGAUGCAUUAAAACACAAUACAACACUCACCACGCUUGAUCUAAGUGUUAACGCAAUCGAUGAUGAGGGAGCAACACAGAUUGCCGAUGCCUUAAAAACUAACAAAACACUCACUACACUUGAUCUAAGAUCUAAUGAAAUUGAUGUUGAUGGUGCCAGCCGUAUGGCUGAUGCAUUACAGGAGAAUACAACACUCCGCAUGCUUGAUCUCAGUGUUAAUGUGAUCGGUGUAGAAGGAGCCACAAAGAUCAUCAAUGCAUUAAAGGAUAACAAAACGCUCACCACACUCAUUCUCGCUAAUAAUCACAUCGGUAAUGAGGGAGCCACGGAAAUUGCUAAUGCAUUGCCGCAUAACAAAACACUGACCACGCUUGAUCUCACUAAUAAUCGAAUUAGAAACGAGGGAGCCAGGUGCAUUACUGAUGCAUUACAACAUAAUACAACGCUAACCAAACUCAAUCUAAACUUUGAAAAUGUUACAGAUGAUAUUCGUAACCAGUUUGAAGAACGCUUGAGACAAAAUCAACAACAGGAAAUGGCUGUCUGUUGA